AUGGCUGCCGAUAAGGGCUGCCAUUCAUGCAUCAACAAAGUCGAAAUCCAAAAACACUUCGAAUUUUACGGCAAGUCAUAUGACGACCUUAAUCACUUCAAAGAUGAAGCCAAUGCCGAAUUGAGGAAGUUGAAAUCUCACUUAAAUGCAAUUGAUGAACAAGUAGAAACCAUAGCCAAUUCGAUUGAAGAAUCACGACAAUACAGCUACAAAUACAAUCUUAAAAUCACUGGCAUUCCUCAGCUCAACUCUCGUGAAUCUGCCGUUGAAACUACACAGUUAUGUAUAAAUUUGUUCAACAAACUGAGAGUCGACGUACACCAGUAUGAUAUCGAUAUUGCUCACCGCGUUUCUGUCAGAGGUGCCUCUGCUGGUCCGAAACCAAUCAUUUGUAAACUUGUAAGAAGGGUUGUUAAAGAACAAAUCAUGGAAGUACAUAAACGUAUAACUGAUUUUCAAGCUGGUGAUAUUUGUUCAGAAUUAAAUGGUUCACUUGAAAAUGCUAGAGUCUUUAAUCAUUUGACACCGAAUAUUCAACGACUAUUGGCUGAAACUAAGGUCUACCAAAGACAACAAAAUUACAGGUUCUGUUGGGUAAAAAACUUUGUUGUCCUGCUGCGUGAGAAUGAACAUUCAGACAUAAUAUGUGUUACUUCCUACAAAGACUUAGAAAAACUGUGUCAAGCUGGAAAUAUGUUGCUGUCCUCAACUGGCUCAAGCUAAGUAGGGUGUAUAAACCACUGAUCUAAUAGUAGACUGGAUAGAGCUUUCUUACCUAUCAAAAAUGAAGCCAGAAUUAAUUAACUUCCGGGGACCAAAUUCAAAAGAAUUAAUACUCACGCGAACCCCAGGAAUGUCUUUUUUGCAUAACUAUGUAUUCCAAUGGUUAGAACUUCAGUCUUUGUUGGAUUCUAUAUCAAUUUUAAUUCCGUAAAUCAAUAAGGACGCCCAUGAGUUUGUUUUUCCGUCUUUUGGGGUCCCCGGAAGUUAAUUAAUUCUGGCUUCAUUUUUGAUAGGUAAGAAAGCUCUAUCCAGUCUACUAUUAGAUCAGUGGUAUAAACAUGUUUAUAUUAUAUACUAGAAAUGGCUACAGAAAACUCUCUACUAACGGCUUUCCAUUUAAUCACUUAGACGAUAAUUCUUUUAAUUUAGCUAUUUAUGAGUUAGCUCAUGGCCCAUUGAACUAUAAUAAUGAUUUGUUUGAAUUGCUUUUGUGUAAUCCUAUUGACGAAUCUCCUAUAGCUAGUACAUUUCCUUUUAAUAUUGACCCAGAUAGUAAUUUAUCUUUUAAUAUGUCUGUCAGUGAAUAUAUGGUAGAGGAAGCGUUUGCUGAUAGCACGGCCAAACCGAAUAUUAAUUUUACUUUAAUGUAUUUAAAUGCAUGGAGUCUUCUUGGGAAUUUUGACAACUUCAAGCACUUGUUGAUUAAUCUGCGAACAUCAGUCUCUGUUAUCAGGGUAUCAGAAACAUGGCUCAAUGAGCUAACAUGCGAUCAAGUAAAUAUCCCUGAAUAUAAUUUUGUUUCUAAUCAUCGUAGCUCAAAAAUUGGUGGGGGAGUUGGUCUUUAUUUGCACAACAAUCUCAAAUAUAAAAUGCUUCCUAAUGUAAUUUUUCAGAUCCAGAUGUUAUAG